AUGGAAAUGGAAGAUCCUAAUCUUGAGUUUUUGGACGAGUAUGACCUUCGAACCCCCGGACGAGACAGAAGUCCUAGCGUAAACACCUCUGCCGAGGAGCCCAACCGAGCCGACACCGGAAAAACGAAGAGAAACCUCCCACUACUACGAUUGAUUAACUGGGAAGCCGACAGGCUGUACGAUAGGCGUAAUCCUAUCUGUGUCCAUUACGAUUUUGUAUGGAAGGUAUCCCUCCGGGACAAUAUUAGACGCCGACCGAUCACCGGAAACGAUCAGCCCGAUGACCUUGUCCUUGCACCAAGUGAUUACUGGAAAGAAACAUUCCAGGCACAACUGGAGAGUACUAUAUCAAAUAAUGAACGGCUUCCAGGACGAGAAUACGCGUGUGAUGAAACGAUCGUCGUUAUAUCGGUCGAGAAUACACGCGGCCGUGGCCUGAAAGACAAGGUAUCAGGUUACAACAUCAGAUGGAAUGCUGUUGAUCAGCACAUUGAACGCCUUGGCUGGUUGUUUCUGGCCUGCAAGAAGAUAACGGUUUCCUUGGAGUUCAUCUACCAGGAAGUUAUCAGCGAGUCUGCCGCGCCCGCACGUUCUGGGCAGAAAAAAAGAAAAACUCAGAGCGAGGUUCAGAGGGAGAGGAUGAAGGCUGAGUCAGGCCUAUGGAAUCGCGUUUACAAGCGUCAUCGCUGUAGAGGCAGAUAUUGUAAGAAAGGGCCACAUUGCGUGGUGGAUCGUCACGGAAAUCACCACAAGCUGCAUUAUAAAGAUCUCGAGGCCAUCAAUGACUAUUUCAAAGAUAAUAUGAAAGAGGGGGAAGCAUUCGCUGAUGUUGACGUCGGCGUUGCAAUCCCUAGCCACAUCCUGGAACAGGUUCUGGGUAGAUCUGAUGACUCCCCGGGCGAUCCUGUCGAAGAGCUCAACAAAUACUUCACGUUCCUCCUGGCCGAAGUGCAGAGUGACAGGAGCAGGGCAGAACUAGAGGUUGGAAUGAAGUUUGCAAGAGAGCAGUGCUUCGAGUUGAACUCCAUGGAGGAGUACCCUCAAAUGGUCGUCACUGCCAUGGCAAGGGGAAACGUGAAGAUUGGCAGCGCCAUGCACUUGGUUGGUGGCAUAAAGAGAUACAAGAAAGCAACAAGCAUCAUGCGACGAAGAGAUUAG